UUUGGGAAAGAAUUCAUGGUUUUGCUUCCCAUAUUGAACAUAGUUUCUCAUCUGCUGUUUUCUAUUUCUUUACAGGAGUUGAAGGAUGUUCUUCAUACUGUUCCUGAGAUUGUAGAAAUGAUUGGCGAUGCAGACACAAACAGAGUGUUGUUGUUAAAUGAUGAAGACGAUGAAGACGACCUGAAGUCUGCUCUGAGGUCUGCUUUCACCCAGUUGAUGUCAGCAUCCAAAUCGUUGAUUUCGAAAGCGAUAUCUGAAUUGAAGAGACGACUGAACUCCGAAAGUGAGGUGAGGCCCCUAACUGCUAAGGAAGCUUUGGUUUUACAACUGGAGAAGCAAUAUCCAGAUGAUGUGGGCGUUAUAGCAGCCUUCUUCUUAAACUAUGUGAAGCUCACUCCUGGAGAAGCUCUGCACCUUGGUGCAAAUGAGCCUCAUGCAUACAUAAGCGGUGAGUGUAUCGAGUGUAUGGCGACGUCCGAUAAUGUCAUCCGGGCUGGCCUAACUCCCAAGUUUCGUGACGUCCAGACUCUCUGUGCCAUGCUUACGUACAAACAGGGCUUUCCUGAAAUCCUCCAAGGAGUUCCCAUGAAUCCAUACAUAACAAAGUACAUUCCACCAUUUGACGAAUUCGAGGUAGAUCGUUGUGUUCUGCCAGGAGGGGCAUCCGUCGUAUUUCCAGCGAGCCCGGGUCCUUCGAUAUUUCUGGUUGCGGGAGGAGAGGGGACGAUGCUGCACGAAGAAUCACAUAGAAGUGAUGUAAUCAGUGAAGGUGACGUCCUCUUUGUACCUGAUGAAGCUGAGAUUAAUAUAACAAGUGAAGUUGAGUUGCUCAUUUUUAGAACAGGAGUGAACCACAAGUUCUUUGACACAUUCAUGAAUGGUAAAUAACAGAUUGACCUUCAUUCUUUUUUCUUUCACACACUCCUCUAAGAUAGUUUCUUAUGAUGAUGUAUAUUUUUUUUCUUUGUUCAUUGAGUUGUAUAUCAGAAACUAAUUGUUUAUGAUCUGUUUAUUUGUAUAUCAGAUAUAACAAUUAAUUCCAAUAACACUACAAUUUCAAUGUAAUUGUGAGUAAAUAAUUG